CUCGUCGGUUGGAGUACAGCCUGGUCAACAACAACUCCAGCUACUGUAUGCUUUGUACAGUCAACCUGAGAGCAGAACUGUCACAUUCUAACCUUCUCGAGAAUAAUCACUACGAAACGCUGUUGACAUGGCGACUCAGAACCGACACGCAGAGCACGGACCUGUGUGGCGCAAGUCUUACAAGGACGUAGGUAACAUAGAAGCACACGAGAUGGAUAAGCAAGGUGCCGACAGUAUGGACAACAAAAGGCAGAUCGAGAAGGGGAAUAUUCUUGAAGAGACGAAAGAAGACAACCAAGGCGCUGAUGAAGACCACACCCAGCAAAUAAAGGAAUGCAAGGUUGAUACCGGCAACCUCGUUGAAGUCCAGGCUAUGAAAAUUACCGCAAUGCCUGCCGUCAUACCCAGAGCUUUGUAUUUUACUCCAAUCAGUCACUGCGGCAGUCCAAUGUUAGCAGAGAAUCUUCCAUCCAGGGGUCAGUUCAACGUCUCUAGUCCCCGAACCUUCAACUCUGCUCAACCAACAUUCGCCAGCUAUACAACUGCACCAAGUCGCUCCGGUCUUGUCUCCAGAUCAUCCAUUCACGGCUAUUUUCGUUCGAGAGGUUCCAAGCCUGUUGAGAUAUUUACCAGUGACUGGCUGACCUUGCUGGAGUCUCGAGGUAUAUUACUGGACCCUAAAGACGAACUGGACUGGUCUGGACGAGGACAGCAUGUUGAAUACGAGCCAAAGGAUGAAGGAAGUAUACCGCUCCAAGUUGAAGAUGUUCUUGGAUACAGCGCAACGGCAAUUGUUCAAAGCGUCAAGUGCCGUCGAAUCAGACUUGCGCGUAAAAAGAUCAGAUGUAAUCGGCGGUUGAAAAAAGAGGAUGCCAUAGUUGAAGUCGAACACUUGCAGCGGUUACAGCAUGUGCAUAUCGUCCGAGUCGUUGAUACAUAUACCCUCAAAAAGGAGCUCUCUAUCCUGCUAUACCCCGCGGCCGAGUGCAACUUGACGAACUCACCAGAUACUGGAACAGAAGGCAACGGACUACUCGGAUUUGGCAAGCUGUACAUACCCACAUUUCUCGGAUGCCUUUCCAAAGCACUUCACUUCAUCCACGAGAAGAACGUUAAACACAUGGAUAUCAAACCGAAAAACAUACUCAUACACAAACCUGGUCUUCUGGACUGGAAAUUGUAUAUAGCCGACUUUGGAAUAGCUCGGGCAUACAAAUCGGCUGCAGAUUCUGAGACCGACUCCCCCACGUCCUUUACACGGAAGUUCGCCGCUCCAGAAGUCAUCUUGCAAGACACAAGAGGAUUCCCUGCAGAUGUGUUCUCUCUUGGUUGUGUCUACAUGGAGCUUUUGGCAGUAUUGGUGUCUUCCACCGACCACAACGAGCGAGAGCAUUUAUCGAAACUCCGCGCGAAAGGCCCCGAUAGUUCGUUUCAUUCAAACAUCGAUGCAAUACGGCAAUGGUGUAAUGAUGCAUAUCAGGCAUACAAGGAUCUUGAUGAGAAGGUUUUCGAUAUGAAACUACUCGACGGGAUUUUCCCGGUUGUAGCCUCCAACAUGUUGGACGUGUCGCCUGAAAAGCGACCGACGACAGGAGAUCUUCAAAAGUGCACGGCGAAACUCUGCUGUUACAGGUGCAGCCAGGAUGCAAAUGGACCCGAACCAUUCGAAGCGGCCGAUGCGAUGUCGAGUUGA